AUGUCGUUUGUUGGUAGUUCUAGCAUUAGCACUUUAUGGUUAAUAUCUCUGUCUUCUAGCCAUCAGUUUAUUCAGCAACCCAUGUCGCUACCACUGGAACUGGUGGACAAAUGUAUUGGAGAGCCGGUGUGGAUUAUUAUGAGACAUGAGCAAGAAUACUCUGGCAAACUGCUGGGUUUUGACGACUUUGUGAACAUCAUUUUGGAAGACGUCACCGAGUACGCCGGCGGCAAACAGACCAAGCUCAAAAAGGUGCUUCUCCACGGCCGUAACGUGACCAUGCUUAUUCCUGGUGCUAUUGAGGGCCCGGCUGCUCCUGCCACUCUUGAAUCUGAAUCGUAA